AUGGCGGGCCCGGGCGAGCGGACGCCGCUCCUGGGCGCGCGGCGGACGGCGUCGGCGUUCGCGGGCCGGCGCAUGGCGUGUGGCGCCGUGCUGCUGACGGAAUUGCUGGAGCGCGCCGCCUUCUACGGCGUCACGGCCGACCUGGUGCUGUUCCUGAACGGCGCGCCGUUCAACUGGGAGGGCGCGCAGGCCAGCCAGGCGCUGCUGCUCUUCAUGGGCGUCACCUACCUAGUGUCGCCGUUCGGCGGCUGGCUGGCCGACGCGCUGCUCGGCAAGGCGGGAGCCAUCGUGCUCAGUCUGGCGCUCUACCUGCUCGGCAUGCUGGCCUUCCCGCUGGUGGCUGCGAACACCACUCGCACUGUGCUCUGCGGGUACCUGCGCCCAACGCUCCUGCAGAACUGCUCGGAGCCCUUCCCCAAUGGCAGCGCCGCCUGCCCCGACGGCCCCACGCGUUACUGCGCGCCCGCCACCUUCGCGGGGCUGGUGGUCGUGGGCCUGGGCGUGGGCACCGUCAAGGCCAACAUCACGCCCUUCGGCGCCGACCAGGUUAAAGAUCGAGGUCCAGAAGCCACGAGAAGAUUCUUUAAUUGGUUUUAUUGGAGCAUUAACUUGGGUGCUAUCCUUUCACUGGGAGGCAUCGCCUACAUCCAGCAGAAUGUGAGCUUUAUCAUCGGCUACGCCAUCCCCACAGUGUGCAUCGGCAUGGCAUUCGUGGUCUUCCUCAGCAGCAAGAGAUUUUUCAUCAGCAAGCCUCCCGACGGCAGUGCUUUCACAGACGUGGUCAAGAUCCUGGCUUACUCCUGCUGUCCGCAGCAGAUUGGAAAACGGCCAUGCAGUGGUGAAGGCCUUGGCGUCUCAGAACAACCCUCUAAACCCAGUCUGUUUGAUUCAUGUAAGAUGUCUCAAGGAGGACCCUUCCCUGAAGAGAAAGUGCAAGACGUGAAAGCUCUUGGCAAGAUUAUCCCUGUUUUCUUGGCUCUGAUCCCCUACUGGACAGUGUAUUUCCAAAUGCAGACGACGUACGUUUUACAGAGUCUUCAUCUGAAGAUUCCAGAAAUUUCAAGUGUUGCACCCACCUCUCACACGUUCCCGGCAGCCUGGCUGACUAUGUUUGACGCCGUGCUCAUCCUCCUGCUGAUCCCGCUCAAGGACAAGCUGGUGGACCCCGUGCUGAGGAGAAACGGCCUACUCCCGUCCUCCUUGAAGAGGAUCGCCGUCGGGAUGUUCUUCGUCAUGUGCUCCGCCUUCGCUGCAGGAAUUCUGGAAAGCAAGCGGCUGGACCUUGUGAAGGAGAAAACCAUUAACCAGACCAUCGGGAACGUGGUGUACCAUGCGGCUGAUCUGCCGAUCUGGUGGCAGCUCCCUCAGUACGUGCUGAUCGGGAUCAGCGAGAUCUUCGCCAGUAUAGCAGGUCUGGAGUUUGCAUACUCAGCCGCCCCCAAGUCCAUGCAGAGUGCCAUCAUGGGUUUGUUCUUCUUCUUCUCCGGCAUCGGUUCCUUCGUGGGCUCCGGCCUCCUGGCCUUGGUGUCUGUCAGGGCCAUCGGGUGGAUGAGCAGCCACACAGACUUCGGUAACAUCAACAGCUGCUAUCUGAACUACUACUUCUUUCUUCUGGCGGCCAUUCAAGGAGUGACCCUCCUGCUUUUCCUCAUUGUGUCUGUGAGAUACGACCGUCAGCGAUCACGAGCCAACAGUGAGCCCGCCGGCAGGAGAGCCUGA